AUGAAGGAAGAAGAGAUGGUCGAUACAGCUGCGGAGAAAGGGGAGCACAUAGAAACUCCAACAUAUGCGCACAGGGAAGACAAGUUAGAGCCUCUUCCCGAUGUGGAAGAUCGAUCUCGGGGUCAGAUCAACGCUGUAUUCGAGAAUCCUCUAGCUGGCAUUCCUCGUGAGCAACUCUUCAAGGAUGUUGCAGAAUUCUGCCAUAAGUAUGACCUGAUGGAUCAUCUUGAGACUUUCCAGAAAGGUGCUCUUAUAUCACAAGAUCCUGCAAAGGCAACAAGUCUUCCGGAACUGACAGAUAAUGAGAGGGUGGCCCUUGAGCGUGAAAUUACUCACAAGUGGUCACAGCCAUGGCAGCUUUACUUCCUUGCCUCAAUGUGUUCUCUUGCUGCUGCUGUUCAAGGUAUGGACGAAACAGUCAAUAAUGGUGCUCAGGCCAUUUACAUGAAGCCAGAUCAACUGAACAUCACCACGGCAAAUAUCCAAGGCCUCGUUGUUGGCGCCCCAUACUUAGCCUGUGCGAUUCUCGGCUGCUGGCUUACCGAGCCUUUGAACCGCUUCUUCGCCAGACGCGGCACGAUAUUUAUUUCAUGCUUUAUUGCAGCUGUAGCAUCAGUUUGGGAAGGAUUCUGCAAUACCUGGGUCAAUCUCUUCAUUGCCCGCUUUGUUCUUGGAUUGGGUAUUGGUUCAAAAUCAAGUACUGUGCCAGUAUAUGCCGCAGAAUGCUCACCCGCUCCAAUCAGAGGAGCCCUCGUUAUGAUGUGGCAAAUGUGGACAGCCUUCGGUAUCAUGCUGGGCAACAUAAUGGGUGUUGCAUUCAUGAGCCUGAGCCCAGAUAUUAGCUGGCGCCUCAUGCUUGGAUCGACCGUCGUUCUACCACUUAUUGUCUGCGCUCAGGUCUACAUCUGCCCUGAGUCCCCAAGAUGGUUGAUCCAGCAUGGCAAGAUCCAGAAGGCAUAUACCAACUUCCGCAUCCUCAGACCUACCGAUAUCCAAGCGGCCAGAGAUCUGUAUUAUGCACAUGCAGGCGUUGAGCUUGAACGCAAGAUCAACAAGGGCAAGAAUUUCUUUACGAUGUUCAUGGAGCUAUUCACUGUCCCUCGUAACCGUCGCGCUACAUUGGCUAGCUGGAUUGUGAUGUUUAUGCAGCAAUUCUGUGGCGUGAACGUCAUCGCCUACUAUUCUACCUCCAUCUUCACUGAAGCGGGAUACAGUCUGACCAGCGGGCUAUUGGCAUCCAUGGGAACUGGGAUUUUGAAUUGGAUAUUUGCCUUGCCGGCCUUCUUCACGAUUGAUACAUGGGGUCGAAGAAAUCUGUUGCUGUUUACCUUCCCAUUCUUGGCUAUCUUCCUACUCUGGUGUGGCUUUUCGUUCUGGAUUGAAGCCGACAAUGAUUCCAGCAAAGCAAGAGUUGCAAUGGUCACUACCGGCAUGUAUCUGUUCGAGAUAUUUUACUCUCCUGGUGAGGGACCUGUGCCUUUCACUUAUUCUGCUGAGGCGUUUCCCCUGAGUGUUCGCGAAGUCGGUAUGUCUUGGGCAACGGCAACUACCUGGUGCUUUAACUUCAUUCUCUCUUUCACUUGGCCUCACCUUGUUGAGGCGUUCAAGCCUCAGGGUGCUUUCGGCUGGUAUGCCGCUUGGUGUAUAGCAGGCUGGUUUUUGGUGUUGUUGUUUGUACCGGAAACCAAAGCUCUGACUUUGGAGGAGUUGGAUCAGGUCUUCUCUGUCUCAACUCGCAAGCACGCUUCAUACCAGAUGAAGAAUGCUUGGUGGCAUUUCAGGGUUUGGAUUCUUCGUCAGAACCCACCGCCAUUGCCACCAUUCUAUCGCAACGCUGAACGGCUUGCUGAAGUGGGCAACUUUGGGUCAAAGUGA